AUGUUGUAUUGUUAUCUAGUUUUACCUUCCAUUUCUGAUGGUGCACUUGUGGCAUGGCCUGGUGAAUGCGUAGAACCAGAUCAACCAUUCGAUACUAGAGCAAUAGUCGUUCUGGUUAUUCUUUCAAUAUUUCUGGCAUUAAUAACAAUUGGAACUGCUUAUGAUGUUAUUAUCAUACAAUGGCCACGAUGGAAAGAGACCAAAACCAUUUCUGAAACUAGUGAAGAGAUUGCAGUAGAGGUAGACGAAAAGGCGCCAUUAAUAGACAAUCAGAAGAACAAAAUAACCGAAAACCAGCCAGGGUUGAUUGGAAAUCUGUUGUUAGCCUUUUCUGUCUAUACAAAUGGAGCUAAACUAUUGAAUACAACGCAAAAUAAAGACAUACUGACAUGCAUAAAUGGAAUAAGAUUUCUGUCCAUGACGUGGGUCAUCCUUGGACAUACAUAUACAAUGCCUUUACAGAUGUCGGACAACCUGAUGUCUUUCUUCCCUAAGAUGUUAAAACGGUGGACAUUUGGAGCAAUAGCUAAUGCUACAGUAUCUGUAGACACAUUUUUUACUCUCAGUGGCUGUUUAUUAACAUACUUGGUGAUGAAGGAGUUAAAGAAGAAAAAUGGACGACUCAAUUGGGGAAUGUUUUAUUUUCAUCGAUUUUGGAGACUUACUCCUCCAUACAUGUUGGUAUUGAUGGUAUACGUGUCUCUGUUCCAUUAUACUGGUAGUGGCCCAAACUGGUCUAAAGAUGGACCUGAGAAGAACCACUGUGAGAAAGCGUGGUAUUACAAUCUACUUUAUAUAAACAACUUCUUCGACGACAAAGAAAACCAGUGUAUGGUGUGGUCUUGGUAUUUGGCCUGUGAUAUGCAGUUCUUUGUAUUAAGUCCAUUGAUUAUACUUCCACUAUAUUUUUUUCCUAUCGUUGGCUUUGGGAUUAUGAUGGCAUUUCUACUAGGAACAUGGAUAGCUACUGGUGUAAUUUCUUCACAUUUUGACAUCCCAUCAUCUUCGUUUAAUGGAGGAGACGGUACUGAUUCUAAUAAGAUAUACUUGCGAUCCUACUGCAGAAUGGGUCCAUACUUAGUUGGAAUGUUUACCGGAUAUCUGCUGUAUAGAACGAAAUGUAACAUUCGUAUGAGCAAGUAUUUGAAUUUGCUGGGCUGGGGUGUAGCUACCGGGGUAUCUAUGGCAGUACUGUACGGAUUGUAUGAUGAUAUGAACGGUGAACGACUAUCUACAGAAAUGGCAGCUCUAUACAAUACAGUCCACAGAACCGUAUGGGGUGCGUGUGUAGCAUGGGUUAUAUUUGCCUGUGCAACAGGUUAUGGAGGAUUUGUUAACGUCAUAUUAUCAUGGAAGGGUUUUAUACCCCUAAGCAGACUGACCUACAUGGCAUACCUUGUACAUAUUAUAAUCAUGAUGCACUAUAUAAUGACAUACCAGAGAAUGUUUCAUUUGACUGACAGUGAAUUUAUUUAUCAAUUCCUUGGUAAUCUAGGUUUGUCCUAUAUGGCAGCUUUUGUGACAUCGAUGGCAUUUGAAUCACCAAUGAUGGGACUAGAAAGAGUACUCCUUAAGAAAGAAGAACGCAAACGAUAAAUCGCUGGCAUUUGAAUCACCAAUGAUUGGACUAGAAAGUGUACUUCUUAAGAAAGAAGGACGAUAAUCGAGAACAUUUUUGUUUAACUUUUUAAAAUCUUCAAAAUGAAUUAAAAAAAUAAUUGUGUCCACGUUAAAAUAUUUUGACUUAAAUCCUUGUUCAUUGAUUAAGGUUGAAUAUG